UCUCUCUCUCUCUCUCUCGCGCGCGCGCACUCCCUGGAGGCGCGAUGCAGAUCACAGAUCACCCCAGAGAGCAGAGAGUUGAGGCCGGUCGUGUUUCUCAGGGGGCAAAACCGCCACCAUCAUCACAACCGUCCACCCACAUUCUCAUCAUCUCUCACUUGAGUCGCAAAAAAGAUCACUCACAUUGGGUGUUUUGCGACGGACUACCUAUCUCAACGGCUUGCUGCGUUCUGGCGGCGGUGUAAUCAGCAAGACUGUUUCUCAAUGGUGGCUCUCUGGGCUGUCGACGUCAUCUUUCAUCAAUGGACCGUCUGGGGCACUCAAUCUCGAUUGACAUACCAGAGUGUUUGUGGAUCAGUUGUUCGAUAGCGACCCUCUCACAGUGAGCGGCAGGAACACAUAAAUGUCUGUCAGGCAAGACAGACACGGCAGAGAGUAUGAGGUGAUGGUACAAAAAUGACAAAAAGUACACUCGGAAUAAACGAAAUGAUACACCGCAAAGAACACGGCAAAAAAUGACCUCUUCUUCUUCUGUCUGACAGAUGGAGCUCGACUCGAAUCGGAUUGAGGAUAUACAAACACUUGACCGUGAUUGAUGGCCGGUGGGAUAGUGGAUCGUGGCCCCGCCGACGACCCCAGAAUUUGGCGUCUCUAGUUGUGGGGCCGUUGCUGGGUGCUGUUAUGAGUGGGGUCACGUCCAAGGCGCCCAGACCAGGCCCAUCCCGGCACCAGCGCAAUUGGGCGAGCCUCGGUAACAAUUUCACGGCCAAGUGACGCUGUUGUUGAUGACGGCUGUCGGUUUCCAUCUUUCUUUAUUUUCGACUCUUGUCACUCCGGCUGUUCCUCUUACUCGCAUCAGCCAUUACCACAGCCAGCAGCAUGACCGACGCCGACAAGAAGCCAGACCCAGAAGUCCCCGCGGCCACAGAGCCCGCCGUGCUCGAGACGCCCCCGACAAACAUCGAGCCAUCAACAAACACCGAAGCUGAGUCUUCCACUGCACCGGCGCCAGAGAAGACGCGAGAAGCCACCCUCGAGCAGGCGCGCAUCUUUCUCAAAGACACCGAGACCCAAAAGGCGACCGCAGCACAAAAAACAGAGUUUCUCAAGAGCAAAGGGCUGUCGGAUAGUGAUAUUCAAGACCUCCUAAAGGAAGUUACCCAAGAUGCGCCACACCUCGACCAACAACCACGCCUAACCACCACCACCUCCUUCCUCCCAAAAGAAGACCGCCCCCCCAUCGUCACCUACCCCGAAUUCCUCACCACCCCCUCCCGCCCCCCACCCCUAAUCACCCCAAACAUCUUCCUCAACACAGUCUACGCCUUCACGGGGUUGUCAACCCUCAUCUACGGCACCUCCAAGUUUGUCCUCGAACCCAUGGUCACCUCCCUCACCGCCUCGAGGAUUGAACUCGCCACAGCAGCGAAUGAUAACCUCUCCAAAUUGGUCACCAAGCUAGAAGAAACCGUUUCCCAAAUCCCAACCUACCCCUCCCACGACCAGGACCACUCCCCUCGUCAGUCACUAGACAUGCAAUCCCAAUACGACGAUCCAACCGAGCUGUUCCACCGCGACAUUGGCAUCCAGACAGAAGACACACCCCGCUCCUCCCUCAACUUGUCUACUCCCCUCUUUCCUGGGAACGCAAAAGAAACGGCUACGAAUUACCAGGCCAGACGUCUGUCUGGUCUGGUCAAGUCUUUGAGACAAGUUAAUGAGGGGUUGGCGAGCCAGUCGGAGGGUUACGCGGAUGUGAAGACGGUGCUGGAGGUGAUGAGGGAUGAUUUGGAGGGUUUGGCAAGGGAGACGAGCGGGGAGGUGUAUGGGGGGUACAACAUGUACGGGGCGAGGCAGGAGAGGGAUGAUGAGAUUAGGAGGGCGAAGGAGAAUAUCAGGAGGGUGAAGGGGGUGCUGUUGAGCAGCAGGAGUUUUCCGGGGGAUAGGUCGGGGGUUGUCACGGCUGGGCAGGGGCGGAGGGGGGGGUUUGGGAUUGGGGGGAGGUAGAUUGAUGGAUUGCAGGGUCUUGUAAGGGGGUGGUGAGGGGGUGGAGUGUAUUCUUGGUUUGUUUGAUGAUUAAUGGAGAUAUGGUAUGGUUACACAGGAGAUGGAAGCGUUGAUGGAUGCCAGGAGGAUCCAGACAGGUUUUCAAUAUUGAACGGCUUCCCGAACAUGUUGUGCUUACAGAAGCUAGCGGAAUACAAAAACACUCGGACAGCUCGGUUGUGUGUGCUACGGGAUCGAUCAAAAACAAAACAACCUGCUGGAGAUGCACAGGAGAUGCUCGAUUUGGGAUUCCCAUGGACGCGCUACAA